UUGAGGUUUUUCUUUUGAAUGAUUUUAUUAUCUUCUUCAACACCGACCACGAUUUCCUGCUAAAUUACUGUUUCAUUCAAGAAGUGUUGUGUCUGUGUCAUCUUCUUCCCUUCAGACUCUUUUCACCAUUAUAACUCAAAGACUUAUUCUUCUUUCUUUGCCUCUCAUGCCUUUCUGUUCAUUCCUUUUCCUCCUCUGUUUUCCUCUGUUUUCCUUCGCCCUCAAUCAAGAGGGUCAUAUUCUUCAGGCCUUUAAGCGCUCUAUAGAGGAUCGUGGCAAUGCCUUCUCUUCCUGGAAUGCAACUGACCCUGAUCCCUGUUUAUGGAAUGGUGUCACAUGUGACGAACAUCGUCAAGUCAUUUCCCUUGAGCUCAUCAGCUCUGCUAUUUCUUCAACUUUCCCUCUUCAACUCUGUAAGCUUCCACAUCUUCUUUACCUUUCUCUUUACAAUAAUACCUUUCAUUCCAUUCUCCCUCCUGCCAUUUCCAACUGUACUACUCUUGAGUUUCUUGACCUUGGCCAAAAUCUCCUCACCGGUUCUAUCCCUUCCUCAAUUGCUGAUUUGCGUCAUCUUCGUUACUUGGAUUUGUCCGGCAACAAUUUCUCCGGCCGAAUACCUCCCUCUUUCGGUCAGUUUCCGCAACUAGAGGCGUUUUCGCUUAUUUCGAAUCUUGUGGGUGGUACCGUUCCUCCGUUUCUUGGGAACAUUACUUCUCUUAAGAUGAUGAAUUUGUCUUACAACUCUUUUGACCCUGGGAGAAUCCCUCCGGAGUUAGGUAAUCUGAUGAAUCUUGAGGUUCUUUGGUUGACGGGUUGUAAAUUACAAGGGGAAAUUCCUGACUCGUUUAGAGGGCUCAAGAACCUCAUUCUUCUGGAUUUGAGCAGUAACAAUCUUACUGGGGUGUUCCCGAAAGCGCUGACGGAGUUAACCCAUGUGACACAGAUUGAGUUGUUUGGCAAUUAUAUGUCCGGCGCGUUACCAGAUACGUUUUCGAAACUCAAGGCGUUGCGCAUGUUCGACGUCUCAAUGAAUAAUUUUUCUGGGCCAAUUCCGAGUAGCUUGUUUGAGUUGCCGCUUGAAAGCCUUAAUGCGUUUGAGAAUAAUUUCGAGGGUAGCUUGCCGGAAAGCAUGGCGAAGUCGAGGUCCUUGAAAGAGAUUAAGUUAUUUGCGAACAAAUUCACGGGGGCGUUACCAGUGGAUUUGGGAAAAUAUUCGGCUCUGGCAUCGUUGGACAUUUCGAACAACUUCUUUUCCGGCAGCAUUCCGGAGAACUUAUGUGCAAAGGGGGCAUUGACGGAGAUAAUGAUGAUCAACAACCUUUUUUCCGGCGAACUCCCAUCAAGUCUCGGCAAUUGCCAGAGUCUGACCAGGAUCCGAUUAGGGAACAACAAUUUUACUGGUCCUGUACCAGAAAAUAUAUGGGGACUUCCAGAUGUUUCUCUUCUUGAACUUACAAACAACACCUUCUCGGGCAAAAUCUCAAAGAAAAUAGGCAAUUCCAAGAUGUUGAGUAUGAUUCUUAUUUCUAGGAACAAUUUCUCAGGAACAAUUCCAAGGGAGAUUGGUUCUUUGAAGAAUCUGGUCGAGUUUUCUGCUGACCAUAACAAAUUAAUCGGAAAUAUCCCUGACAGCAUUAUGAAAUUGAAUCGGCUAGCUAAGUUAGAUCUUCGAAACAACAAGCUUUCCGGGUUGCUCGACCACAGGCUUUAUGCCUGGGAGAGGUUGAAUGAGCUCAAUUUGGCCAAUAAUAACUUCUCUGGGAAAAUUCCCCCGGCAAUUGCUUUCUUGCCAGUACUUAAUUACCUUGAUCUUUCAGGCAAUCAGUUUUCUGGAGAAAUCCCACAUGGGUUACAGAAUGUGAACCUCAAUGUUCUGAAUCUAUCAUACAACCACUUAACUGGAAUACUUCCUUCCUAUUUUGAGAGAUCAAUGUACAAAAAUAGCUUUCUGGGCAAUCCUGGAUUGUGUAAGGGAGAAAAUGAUGCGUGUCAUCUAAUUCAUUCUUCAAAAAGUGGAGGAAGAGGUGGAGAAGAAAAAGAAUGUGAUGAGGAAGGAGGUUGCCUUUGGCUGCAGCGAUCUAUCUUUGUAUUUGUAGGUGUAACUCUCUUUGUGGGAGCGGUUUUGUUCCAUGUCAAGUACAAGACAUUCGUCAAGACAAGAAGUUUAAACAUCAAAUCAAAAUGGAUAAUGACAUCGUUCCAAAAGCUUUCUUUUGACUAUGACGACAUUGUGGAUUCUCUAGAUGAAGACAAUGUGAUAGGCAGUGGAGGCUCUUGCUUAGUUUACAAGAUCGUUCUCGCCAAUGGCGAGACCAUUGCGGUUAAGAAACUUUGGCCCGAGCUGCCUGAUGAUUGCAAGAGCAUCGAUCUCGAGAAUAAUUGCACUGAAGUUAAUGCUUUUGAUGCAGAAGUAAUGACUUUGGGUGAAAUAAGGCAUAAAAACAUAGUGAAACUUUUGUGUUGUUGUACUAAUGGAGAAUGCAACCUUUUGGUCUAUGAAUAUAUGCCUAAUGGGAGCUUAGGUGAUAUGCUUCAUGGCAUUAAAAAAGAGUUAUUGGAUUGGCAAACAAGAUACAAGAUAGCCUUGGAUGCUGCUGAGGGGCUUUCUUAUCUUCAUCACGAUUGUGUUCCUCCAAUUAUACACAGAGAUGUCAAGUCCAAUAACAUCUUGUUGGAUGCCGAAUUUGGAGCCAAGAUAGCAGAUUUUGGAAUAGCUAUGACCGUUGAUAUAUCAAAGGUUAAAACCAUGUCGGUCAUUGCUGGUUCUUGUGGUUAUAUUGCCCCAGAGUAUGCCUAUACAUUGAAUGUAAACGAGAAGAGCGAUAUCUUCAGCUAUGGUAUGGUAAUCCUUGAAUUGAUAACAGGGAGGCGGCCAACCGACCUCGAAUGCGAAGAAAAUGAUCUUGUCAAAUGGGUAAGAACCACUUUAGAAGGGAAAGGCCUCAGCCAUAUUCUAGAUCCCAAAUUGGAUUCCUCACACCAGGAGGAAAUGUUGAAGGUCCUCAACAUUGGCCUCCUAUGCACCAACCCUCUACCUAGCGACCGCCCGCCCAUGAGACGAGUGGUUACAAUGUUGUUAGAAGUUCGUAUGGAUUGCAAUUCGAUGAUUGCAUGGAGAAAAGGAAGAUUGACUCCAUAUAAUUUCGAAGAUAGUGAAAAUGCAGCAUAGUUCUUAAGUCGUCGUCAUUUUAGAAAGUAAGGACAGAGAAUGGAGGUAAACACUGGCAAAGAAAGUGCAGUGAAGUUCAUAAUUACCUUGAGCUUUUCACAUUCUGCAAUGUGUUCUUGCUAAAAUCUUUGAUGGCUCGUAAAGGUCUCAUGCUUUUGGAUGUACAUAUGGCUUUCAAGUUUCUUCAACUGAGUAGCUGCUCUUGUCUUUGAAUCAAUAUUUCACACAUAUUCCUUUUUCCUUGUGUUGAGGAAUGAGAAUUCCCCUUCCCUUCUUCAAAUAUUCUUUUUGGUAGUCUCAUCAUUGUUCUUUCUUUCUUUCUUUCUGUGAAAUAAUGUCCAUUCUCUCAAGAACAAAAUGGUUUUCUGCCAAACAUGUCUAGAGGAAUAUUUUUUUUAGUUUAUGCUCCAAAGUAUAAUUACUUCAUUUUA